GGAGAGAGCGGGAGCAGCAGCGUGCAGCAGCCGAGAGACAGAGCACCGAACCCGGCCACGUUAUCCAGAGAGCUUCGGCCUUCCUGUGUGACACCCGCCGGCGCGUACAUUAUCGCCACUUGCUGGACUGGAGGAUGGAGAUGUAGAUUGGCAGACAACACCUCUCCAGUUAGUGGUCACACUGUACUUGAACUGAUAAAGGGUAUCUUUAAUGAGGAAGUGGACGGAGAGUCUUCGAGAAAAAAGACCCCGGGUUCGGUGCUCUGUCUCCGGGCUGCUGCGUGCUGUUCCACCCGCUCUCUCCUCACCGGGACCCAGAAUAAACUCCUGAUCGGACUGGUUCUGAUUUUUGCUGUAAUGGACGCAGCCACAGGACAGUCUGAGGUGAUUGGCUCAGACAAACCAGUUACAGUAACAGUCGGUGAUAACGUCAUCCUGCCAUGUCACCUGGAGCCUCCAUUCAAUGUGAGGACUCUAACAGUGGAGUGGACACAUGAUAGAGAAUAUGUCCACAUCUGGCGCCAUGAGAAGGACUAUCUAACUGAUCAGGAUGAGAACUUCAGAGGUAGAACAUCUCUCUUCCAUGAAGAAAUGAUCAGAGGAAACAUUUCACUAAAACUGACCAACGUAACUGAACUGGAUGCUGGAAGUUACACCUGCUUUGUUCCCAAACUGCAAAGUCAGGUCAGGAGAGGCUUCAUUAACCUCACUGUUGAGCCAGUGGGAGGUCAGACUAAUAAUACCAGUGGUGGCACUGGUUUUAGCACUGGUGCUAUAACCGGCAUGGCUGUAGGCAUACCUGUCAGUGUCUUUGCUGUCAUUGCCCUUGUUGUUGCAUUGGUUGUAUUGUGGAGGAAUCGUAGAAAGAUCAGAAAAUCAUGGGCCAAUGUUGGGGCCAAUAUCAGUGUACGUUCUAUCUGCCCCUGCUGUUUCACUGGACAAGGGGUCAAUGAUGGGGCCAAUGAUGAGGCCAAUGCUGAGGGAAUGCCUAUGAACUUAAUUGCCAGAGGACAAGAAAGAGAAUAUCUUUCUGUACAGAUGGACAAUCCUGAAGCCCAUGCUGUAUAAUCUUUGAUUCUGUGACCCAGCUAUCAAAUCCAAAUCUUUUUCAUCAGCUACCUUCAGAAAAACACCCUGGUUGAUUAAAAAAAAACAAAAAAAAAAAAACAGCUUGCACAUUAAACAGAGGCCAUUUUAUAAACCAUUAAUUGCAUACAUUGAGUCUUUAGUAACUGGGAAUAUGUUCCACUCUGUCUCAUUCAUCCAUUUCAUUCAAUUAAGCAAUAAGCACUGAGUUCUGGUAGACAAUGUUCUGAUGUCAAAAUGUGUUUUUCUAAAGGUUCAUACAGUCAGUACAGACUGAAGGUAUGUGAGAGCUUCACAUUUAUAUUCACUGUAAACUGGAUGAUGAUAGCAGGUAACUUCCCCUGCUUGACCUCAUGGUGGCUCUUUAAGUAUCAACAAGUAUCACCAGCAAAAUGUGCCAAGUAUCAAGUGUACUUUAUUUUAUGCUUCAUUUAGAUAAGAUUGGUUAAGAUUAGAUUCAACUUUAUUGUCAUUGAACAAAGUACAACCACUAAGACAAUAAAAUGCAGUUAGGCAUUUAGAUUCAAGCUUUAAUCUUUGACAGUAUAUACACUUUAAAGAAUGCUGCAUAUCACACAUGACUGACGUAACAAAACGUAACAACUUAAGACGAUACAGACAAGAAAGAGAGACUCCACUUUGCACAGAAACAAUCGGUAGAAAUCCUUCAGAGAAACCAAGAGAGUACUUUAUAUGUUUAUAUAUAAUAUAUAUUUAGAGCUUGUUUUUACUUGAGUAAAGAAUGUGUGUAACUUCUGAAUGUGUGUCACUACAGAGCAGAGUUGAAUGCUGAUUGUGUAAUAUUCUUGAUUCAAAUGCAGCUGCAGGGAAUUAUUCAGAAGUUCUUCCCGAUGAGUUGAUUUUAUAAACCACUGCAGGGACAGAGUUAGUUUAACUGGAUUCAAUCUUUUCUGUCCAAUGCCAAUAUCCAGCUCCCUGUACUGACUGACACUGUAAAGGACUGAUUGAUGGAGGGAACAAUAAAAAGCACUUUUAUUAUUUUAAGUUGA